UCAACGCCAAAACGUCAGCGUCACAGUAAUAAAAUAUUUCCAGUUUGAAAACAUUUUUUUAAACUGGCAGAAUUUUUACAAUCAUAACUUGAUAUAUUAACAAAUACCGAAGGUACGGGAUAUCCAAUGUACUAGGUUGGUUUGUCGUAUAAGCUUUUUUACGUACAGCGCAAAGAUGGAUUUUAACCAAACCAGCCAACAUGUUCGAGAUUUGGAUGAGAGUUGUGGGGUUCCUAUGUGUAUUUAUUGGACGACAGAGGAACUGGCUGACUGGAUAUGUGAAAUAGGAUAUCCUCUAUAUAGGGAAAGCAUUGAACUAAACAACGUCACCGGUCGUCAUCUCAUAUGUCUAGAUGCGUCCAAGCUUCCAGAAAUUGGAAUAACAGAUUUUGAACAUAUAAAGGAUAUUGCGGCAAAGAUUCGCGAACUUUUAGGCAUUGAUCAUGUCAUCAGGAAUAUAAACGACGCCACGUUGAGCCCUAUGAUGGCUUAUAUAAAUCAGAAGAGGAAAACAGGAGCGAUAUCUGCCGGCCUUUCGUACAAGGACUUUCUUAAAAAAUACAAGAGGUGGUACAGCGUCACAUAAGUUACGCACAGUAAUUAUCCUUUGAAACAGUUUUCUGUGGGUAUUUGAAGCGGAAAAUCUUUUACUUCUUGUGUAAUUCUUAUCAUUGAUAUUAGUGAGUAUGUAAAGAUUUUGAUAAUAAACUUCAGAUGUACAUGUGUAUAAAAGAAAAUUACGUUGUUAGAGGAUUUCAUGUUCUCUAGGUAAGAGAUGCAACACUUGUUAUAAAUAAAGUACAUUGUAUUCAUCAUUCAAA